UUGUUUGUUCCUUUAACAAAGGCGGUUAUCUCGCGACAUAUUGACUUCCGUGAGCUCAGUCGCAGGCUUUCCGAGGCUGAGGCAUUACAAUGGGUGCUUCCAGAGUUAAGACGUGUAGUCGCCACAUGGACUCUGGACCGUACAAUACGUACCUUACAGAAUCUAAUGGAAGUGGUGGUCAAUGCAAUGGAAGAGUUGAGUGGAUCGGCUGCCAAUGACCUAUUCAACGAGGCGCUUGAUGAAAUAUCUUUGGAGGUACUGGCACAGAAAGAGGCUGAAGAGGCGGCUGCAAACAUGGAUUUCUCAUUUACAAUUAAAUUUUGA